UUCUUUUUCUUGGAAUUAAGUUCCAUAUAAUUUAAUUUCCAUCUUCUAAGUUAGCAAUCAAAAAACAAUUAUUAUUUUUUUUAAAAAAAUGACACCUCUCCCAACAACCAUGAAACAUUUUACCCACCAACAACAUCCAAUAAUACUACACGAUGAUACCAUUAACCCUAAAUAUUUAUGUGAAGGUUGCAUGACUUAUGGAUUUGGUACGAGAUAUCAUUGCCAUGGUUGCACCUUUAAUCUACAUGAAUAUUGUGCAACUUGUCCGCGAAUUCUAUCGUCUUUCAUGCAUCCUCACCAUUUACUCAGACUGGUUGAGCGCGAUCACCUAGGUGAUCGCGUCUGCAAGAUUUGUCGUGACCCUAUCGAAGGCCUAUCUUAUAGGUGUGAGCUUUGUCAAUUUGAUGUCCAUCCUAUAUGUACUCAAUUGCCGGAAACACUCAAUCAUAUUCUACAUCAGAAGCAUCCUCUAAGGCUAUUGAGCUUGACUGAAUCAGGAAUAACUUGUGCUGUUUGUAGAGGAGAAUGUAACGCUUCUUCAUGGCGUUACAGGUGUGCACUAUGUGGAUUUGAUAUUCAUAUAGGUUGCGUGCCAAUACAAUGUCAACAUACAAUGUCCGAUCGAGGAAUUCCUACCUACGUUCCACCAUCUGUAUUCCCUCAACAACAUUAUUUUGGUGGUUAUUAUCCUAAUCCCAAUCAUUUUCCUGGUCCAUCUAAUAAUAUGCACCAUUAUAACUACAAUAUGCCACAACUAUACCAACAACAUCAAGGUCACGGGCAGGCGCAGACUCAUUAUGGUGGAAGUGGUGGACGAAUUGGACAAGUGAUGUUUAAUUUGGUGAAAGCAAUUGCAACUGGGGUGAUUUCCAAUAUGAUAUUUGGGGUGGAUGUGUUUCCAUUUUUUGCAUCUUGAUGAUGUAGUGUAUAAUUUCAUCCUUUGCUAUACAGAAAGUGUAAUGCUAAGCAAAAGCUCUUUGUUGAAUUCUUCGGUGUGAUUCAGUUAUUAAGACAAUUAAAAAGGCAUUUUCUUG